AUGGAGGGAAGAAGGGCGGCCGUGUCGUCAUUGGUGGCAGUGGUGUCGCUGAUGCUGGUGUCCUCGUGCUGUUUCUCGGUCGUCGUCGCCGGUGACGAGGGCGAGCCGGCGGUGGGGAGCCCGGACACGAACCAGCUGUGCGUGAGCAAGUGCGGGACGUGCCCGACGAUCUGCACGGCGUCGCCGCCGACCAUCCUGCCGAUGACCGCGCCUCCGCCGCCGGCCCUGGCGCUGCUGCCGCUGUCCGCGCCCCCACCGCCGUACCUGGAGCUGGUGCUGCCCCCGCCGCCGCCGGGGGAAGUGAACGACCUUCUGCCCCCGGUCAUGCCACUAACGAGCCCGCCGGCGCCGGAGUCCCCGUGCUCGACCCCGCCUUCUUCGUCGUCGGAGCCUCCGCCGUCACCACCCCCGCCGCCGCCACCGAAGAGCAGCAGCGGCGACGGUGGCAGCGGCUCGUCGUCGUCUUCCCCGUCUGCGCCCUCGCACUUCUCGUCGCCGUCGUCGUCCAACCCGUACUACUACCUGUACCUCUCCGGCGGCGCCAAGGCCCGCGGCGGCGCAUCCGCCAGCGCUUGCGCGGCGCUCGUCCUCGCCGCGUUCCUGCCCGUCGUCGCCCUUUUCAAGUGA